GCGGGGUUUUGAGAGCAGAGAGAGUGUGUGUAUGUGUGGAGCGGUUGUGUUGGACGGGGUAUUUCUCUGAACUGAGACGUGCUGUUAAUGUGAACUGGACCUGCAUUUACACAUUACCGCUGAUAUGGAGCCCAGACAACAGGGUUUGUUGGACAAAGAGCCUCUAAAGGAAGUGGACGAGGAUAUGGUGUCAGAGGUGGAUCUCACCAACACUAUCACAGAAGAGGAGCGAGAGGAAAUGGAGAAUGAGCUGAUUAAGUUAGAUGAAGAAAUCACUACUUUGAAACAAGUCCUGGCCUCCAAAGAAAAGCGUCACUUGGAGCUGAAACAGAAACUAGGGAUCACACCCCUGAGUGAACUGCGACAGAACUUCUCCAAGAGCUGGUAUGACAUGCAGACCACCACAGCAUACAAAAAGACAUCUGAGACCCUGACCACAGCAGGACAGCGGACCUCAGUGGCCUUCAGUAACCUGGGCAAUGCCAUCACCAGGAAGUUCGGCGAUAUGAGGUCAUAUUCUCUUGGCUAUUCUAUACGGCAUUCAAUGAGCAUGCCUACAAUGAGGAACUCGCCUAGCUUCAAGUCCUUUGAGGAGAAAGUCGAAAGCACAGUUUCAAACAUUAAGUCAAAGGUUGGAGGAACAGGAGGGGCGGGCAGUUUUGAAGAUGUCCUGUCUUCAGCAGCCCAAGCCAGCGCCCAGGACACCCCUACUAAUAAUGUGACCGAGAACAGUGAGCGCUAAGGGUUUCAGUGGUCAACCAGUGGAACUCUGAUGACCCCUAGUGGUUUGGAGACCACAGUGAAAGUUGCACCAGGGGCCCCAAAAAACGAGAAGGGUAUAACUGCAGUCUGGAGAUCUCCUAAUAGGGGCGGGAACUCCAAAACUGGGUGAGACCUCCAAAAUAGGGCGUGGCUUCCUCCCAUUGAGAAACAGGCGCAUGACACGCAUGCACAAUUUUUCCACCAAUCCACUUUAGUGCAAACUCCGCCCCAAAGCUGAUUCUGAAGUUUUUAUUGGAUGUGUCUGUUAAAGUGUUUCCUAAACUUUGCAACAAAAAAGCUAACCCCUAAAUCUACCCCACACCUUACCUUAACCAGAUAAAUUGACUGAAUGGCGGGAUUGGUGCUGAAUAGCGUGGUAAAGAAAGUUUCAGUUCAGGAAAUGAACAGUUAAUAAGAUUAUGCGAUAUGAGACUCACCGGACAAUGGCACCUUUUUAGUUACACCAAGCAUCACUACACCCUCCUAGCCUGCAAUUUUCAUGUCCCGGGACGGCCCCGUUGUUUGGAAUAAAACCAUAGAGUAAAAUCUUUCCCUCUGCUGGGACGGCUCCUGAGUGAUUCCCGUUUACAUCAUGAAGCAGAGGUUCAAACUUGGGAGCAAACACCGAUGGUAACGAGCUUUGGGCUCUGCUCUAGUGGAGAAUAUUUAUUUAUAUAGAAUAUUUUAUUUUAGAUGAACUAGAAACAAUGUUUAAUUUAUAAAGUUUUUUUUUUUUUUUUAUGUAAGUCAGUAACAAUUGGCUGAAGCCACAGCCAAUGGUGAAAUUCUUUGCAAAAGGAGACCCCGCCCCAUUUUGGAGGUUCUGCCCAAUUUUGGAGUUCACGUCCCAUUUUGGAGAUCUCCGAUCUGCCGUUAUAUCCACUUGAAAAAAAACAGUAAUACAUGCCUUUCAAAUGCGUGUUGGUGGAUUAUCUGUGCACGGAAGGAAAACAACCAAGUGGAGCCUGUUUAUUCUUUAAGUUCUUUUCGAAAUAUGUAUAGUUUUUCAAGGAUAUUAUCUUUGGUGUAGUCCUGCGUUACUUUAUUAUUUAUACUAACUCAACAUUGUUUAACUGUAACAAAGCAUGAUAUAUUUCCUGGACCAAAAAUAAUGGCUGCAUAUACAAUCCCUAAAAGAAGUGCUUGAAAGAAUGUUCAACAACAUUUUGUUUUCCUGUUAUAAAUGUGUUAAUGCUCCUAUUCCUGCUAACUAGAGCAUGUUUGUUGAUAACAGCCUGAUGUAAGUUGGAAUGUAUUGGUAAUGAUAAUUGCCAGUGACCAAAAAUGUAUAGAAUUAUUGGUAACACUUUAGAAUAAGGUUCCAUUUAGUUAAUGUUAGUUAACUACUUUCGUUAACAUGAACUAAGCAAGAACAAUCCUUCUACAGCAUUUAUAAGUCUUAGUUCAUGUUAAUUU